AUGGAGGACUUUGAGGCUGUGUGCAAGAAUGCGGUGCAAGCCCAGGAGGAGGCACUCGUCCAAAUUUUGCAGAGAAAUGGCAGCUGCCACUAUCUACAAAGGUUCGGGCAGCCCCUGUGUUUGAAAUCCUUCAAGGCUCAGCUUCCAAUCAUCUCCUACGACAACAUUUCUCCAGAACUCCAACAGAUAGCUGAUCAUGGAACUUCUCACCUCCUCUUGGGCUGCGAUCCGAUUCUAUACUUUUCAUUUAGCUCAGGGACGUCGUCUGGCAAGCAUAAGAUCUUACCGCAGACAAACUGUGGAUACUCUUUGCUAGCCAGAGCUUACGCAUCCUCGAAUGCUUAUAGAGACGAAAUCUUCCCGCUGGAGAGCACCAAGCCCAUUGGACUGCACUUUGUGUAUUCCGGAGAACAGUAUAGGGCCAAGUCUGGCCUGUUACUAGGAGCCGGAUCAACAAACUACUACAAGAGCGAAGCGUACAACCAAGAGGCGGAAACUCUCGCCACUCCGUACGAGGCGCUGCUUGCCGGAUCGGAUUGGCAGCAAACGACUUACUGCCACUUACUCUGCGGCCUCGUCCAGCGCCACAAGAUUGAGUUCAUCCACGCAGCCUUUGCCUACACGCUCAGUGAGGCGUUCAGGCUUCUCGAGAGCGACUGGAAGAUUCUAUGCGAGGACAUAUCCGCUCGGCGUGUGAGCGAGAGCAAGGUCAAAGAUGAAAAGCUCAGGGUGCCGGUCUUGAAGCUCAUGGAGCGCGAGCUCAGAGGCACAGAAUCGAGAUGGUCUGGUUUGCUUCCGCUGCUUUGGCCGAGAGCCAAAUACGUGCACACGGUUGUAACUGGUGCCAUGGAACCUUACAUUCCUGUGCUCAAGAAGUACGCUGGAGAUAAGUUGGCGAUUGUGGGAUUCAACUACUCUGCGUCGGAGGGUUACCUUGGAAUCAAUAUGCGGCCUGCCACUCCCCCGGAGGAAGUUGUUUUCACGCUCAUCCCCUACACUAUGUUCUUCAAGUUCAUUCCAGUCGAUCCGGAAGAAGUUCCUGAUCAUCAGAAAGGAGAGACUCUUGGUUUUAAGGACCUUCAAGUGGGAAAGCAGUAUGAACUUGUGGUGACUACGUUUGAAGGAUUGUAUCGCUACAGAAUUGGAGAUGUUGUCAAAGUGACCGGAUUCCACCACGAGUCGCCCAUCGUCGCUUUCUCCUAUCGCAAGAACGCCGUGCUGAGCAUCAAUGUGGAGAAGGUUGACGAACAAGAACUCCAAAAGGUUGUCAUGGGCAGUGCCAGUCCCCUGGAGAUUGCAAACUUCACCAGCUGCGCUGAUUUCACUACCAAGGAACGUCCACACUACGUGAUCUACUGGGAGCUCAAGAACGAUGGGGAUAACUCUAGGCAUGAGGAGCUGAGGGAUUCGUGAAAUGCCUUGGAUAGAGGCUUCAAUGCCACUUACCUGAUUAUCUUGGAUAGAGAUUCGAG